AUGAAGAGCAUCUUCUUGGUGCUUGGCACUGUGAGCGGCCUGUCCUCCAAGGGCUGGGAAUUUCCUCCCGAUCCCGCCAAAGUCGCUUUGCCCGCAGUGCCCGCGGUACGAAAUGCCGGAAAAGACGGCAUGCCGGAGCUGCCAUCUUUGGAUGACAUCAUGAGCCCCACCUCCCAAACCAUGUUUGGCAUCCGCUCCAAAGCCAAACAGCUCGAGGCGAAGAUGCUCAAGAUCGAGCAUGAGAACAGCCUGCGCCUCCAGCGCCAGAAGGCGGUCUUCGACCGCAAGUUGAAGGAGCAAGAAGCCAAGAACCAAGGUGUGGCCAAGGAGAAUGCCGAUCUGGCCAAGAGCAUCAUGCAGCUGAAGCAGAAGAACGAGGGCACCCUCGCCAAGUCCAAGACGCUGCGCGAGGCCAUCGCGCUGCGCAAGUCGGAGGUCAAGAACAUGCAGGAGCAGCUCGCGGCCGUGCAGCAAUACAUGGUGGAGAUGUUGCAAGACACAGAGGAGAGCAAGGCGCCGGAGCUCGCGAUCUUGGACCAGGUGAAGGAGUCCGAGAGACCCGGCCUCUCGGGCCUCUCCUUCCUUGAGGUGGACGAGGAGCCCGAGGAGGCCCUGCCGGACAAGGCAGAGGGAGGAGAGCCAGAGAACCCGGAGAACCUCCUUGGUGUGCUUGCAGACGGCGUGAAGAACAUGAAGCAGCAGGGGGCGGUGACCUCCAAUCGCUUGAAGUCGCUCUUCUUGUCCAGCUUGCAGGAUGGCGUGAAGCGUCGGAAGGCCCUGAAGGCGCAGCAGAAGGUCUUGCAGCAGACGAUGACCACCAUGAAGUCCUACGAGGCACGGCUCGGAAAGGCCGAGGAGCGCCUGACCUCGACCAAGCAGACCUUGGACAAGCACCUCCAUGACGCGGGGCUCUUCCUCAAGAAGCUCUCGCAGCUUCUGCUUGCGAAGCCGGAAGAUGGCCAGAGAGAGCUGGCGGCCCUGCAGACAAGCCAUUCCCUCUGUUCACCUGGGUACCGCCUGCAGGGCUCCCGAGGCGUGAAGAGAAAAUUGGGUGGGAGGCACACAUCGAAGACUGAGUCCCUCCAAGAUCUGAAUGCCAGACGCCGGCUGGAUGUCGAGAGGCAGCUGACUCGGAUUUUCGUGCCCAUCCCGCGUCCGCACGAGCACCUUCCACUCUACUGCCAGCGGCUCAAUGCAGAUCUCACUGUCACCACGAGGCAGGUGCGGAAGAAUAAGGCUGCAAAACCUGAGCAGAUUUUGUUUGUGGAGAUUGACAGCGCCCAUCAGCUGGAGAUGCUGACGCUGUGCAACCAUUACUCCUCGCUAAUGCGACCUUUCGUGCAAGCAGGUGAAACCGAGAUCGGCGCAAUCUUGACACGGCCUGCCUUCUGCAGAAUGUUGAUCGAGCUCGCCUUUGCUGAUACCCACGGGGGCAUCAUGUAUCACACCGCCAUCGACAUCUUCGACGGCCUAGCUGCGGGGGGCUCAGCCACAGCAGAUUUGGCCUUCAAGUGA